AAGGCCGGCGGGGAGCUGCGGCCGCGGGCGGAGGGCGCGGCGGCUUUCCCCGAGAAGGCCGCGUUAGGCAGCGGCUCCGCCCCGCGGAGGGAGGAGUAGGGCAGCUCGGGCAGGGCGUGAGUGGAGGGCAGCGCGCCCUCGCCACUGCGGAGGCCGCGAACCCUUCCCGGCGGCGCUCGGCCCCGGCGUUCGGCUGAGGACAGUAAAACCCGAGCUUUUCCGUGAGUGGCCGCGGCAGCCGGCCAAUAGGCGAGGCGCAGCCAGCCUUCCUCCCCGCCCCCUCCGCACGGCGGAGCCAAUGAGGGGCGUGGGGCGGGGCACGCCGGGCUAGGCGCGGGCUGGGAGGUGCUUCCGCCGCCAGAUGCGGAGGAGUCGCAGCAGCAGCAGCGAAGUAGCAGGCGGAGCAGUGGCAUUAGCAGCGGUGGCGUGUGCGGAGGGGACGCCGUGCGGACCAUGGGGUUGUGGGCUGCUCUCGCCUCCCCGCGGUGAGGGACGUGCCCGCGAGGGAGCCAAGCGGAUCCGAACCUAGCGCGGCGGCGAGCGUAGCCGCGGGAGCCGGCCUCUGCGUGUGGCAGCCUGCUGUCACCUUCCCCCCUGGCAAUGGGGAAUGGACUUUCGGACCAGACGCCGAUCCUCUCCAGCCUGCCUUCGUUCCAGAGUUUCCAUAUUGUCAUCUUGGGACUGGACUCCGCUGGGAAGACGACGGUGCUGUACAGACUGCAGUUCAAUGAGUUCGUCAACACAGUCCCCACUAAAGGAUUUAAUACGGAGAAAAUCAAAGUGACGCUGGGUAACUCGAAAACGGUCACUUUCCACUUCUGGGAUGUAGGCGGCCAGGAGAAGCUGAGGCCGCUGUGGAAGUCGUACACGAGGUGCACCGAUGGCAUUGUGUUUGUGGUGGACUCUGUCGACGUUGAGAGAAUGGAGGAGGCCAAAACAGAACUUCAUAAGAUUACUAGGAUAUCUGAAAAUCAAGGAGUGCCUGUCCUUAUCAUUGCUAACAAGCAGGACUUGAGGAACUCUCUUUCCCUUUCUGAAAUUGAGAAGAUGUUAGCAAUGAGCGAGCUGAGUUCUUCGACUCCCUGGCAUUUGCAGCCUACGUGUGCAAUCAUUGGAGAUGGACUCAAAGAGGGACUGGAGAAACUACAUGAUAUGAUAAUUAAGCGAAGGAAAAUGUUGAGGCAGCAGAAAAAGAAGAGAUGAGUUUUAUUUUGACCUUUCUAUUUUAGAGUAGUUAACGUGGUCAAAAUUUGACGUAAGACAGCUUCCAAACCCAGGCCUGCUUGUUUGGAUGCCGUUAAGCUUAGUUCUGUUCAAGAGUCAGUUGCACAAUCUUGCUGUGUGGAAGGUUGUGCACGUCUGGAACUUUGGGUUUAUUUUGUUCUUUUUUAAACUAGUCUCUUCUGAGUUUUAUGGCUCUGCAUUAUUUCAGAAGCCCUAAUAGAUGAUGUAAUACUAUCAGGAAAUGGAUGGGUGGGUAUGUUGUGACAUGGAUGUCUAAAUAGCCAAAUAAAAUGAGGGGGUUUCUGCUUGGUGUUGUAUUCCUAUGUUCGAGGGUGCCCUCUGCAAGCAGUUUGCAUUGAAGGUGUUCUGUGUUUUUAAACUUCUGAUGCUCGUACGUGGAGUGUUUUAGGUGAACAUUAUCCAGCUUUAAAAACAUGUAUGAAGCUAGUAACCCAUUAUUUCGAGAGGCUGUUUUUUACCUUGUUUGGGGAUUUCUAUGAAAGCUUGGCUACAUGUGUGGUGUUCUUUAAUUUGGCACUUCUUGAAAUGGAAUCAUGGUCAGUUCAGAUACUUGAAAUUUAAAUGCUGUGGAUACUUCAAAUGAUAAGAGAGACUUUUUGAUAGGUAAAAAAAAAAAGUAAACAACACGCUGGAGCAUGAAAAAGUGGUUUCCCAACAUAUAGCAUGUUUUUGGUAUGUGAGGUUUUUAUUUCUUAGAAGUAGCCAUUCAUCAUUAUACAGUGCUAAUCAGGUUUAAACUGCUACUCAAAAUUAGUAACUUAUUUCUGAGGGAUGAGAAUUAUGUCCUCCUGCUAGCAAGUUAAAAGUAGAUUAAGUGCAGUAAAGGAGCUAUAAAGAACAACUCUGACUGCUGUGGUUCGAACCAGUACAGCCUUUUUUUGCUCGACUGGUGACUUUUCUGGCAAUAAAACAAAAUGAUAAUGAAGUAAAGAUGAAGCUAAAUUUAGCAAGGCACAUCUUGUAUCUCCCCAAAAUACCCCGUUUUAUUAAAGUGGUGUUGCUAUGUCACUUUCAAAGUAUGCUUUUGAUUUUCAUUUUAUUUUACUGGUUUAGUUUUGUUUUGUUUUAAUUGUGACUCGAAGUAUUUUGUGGUUAGGGAAUGUAAUAAUGCUUUAUACACUCAAACAUUUGACACUACUCGGGGUGGGUGGGGGAAGAUUUUCAAGAUGGGCCUGUGUUCUGCUUUAAUUAUGCUUUAAGCUGUUCUUGUUUACAGAGUGUGCAAACAGUGUUAACUGGGCAGGAUAGUGCUUGACGGAAAAGGGAGGGUAGUUUUUCUUACUGGUACAGAGCUUCAAGUGAUUCUUUAGAUACUUGGCUAGCCAUUUGAAAGGGCUAAAACAGAGCCUGGAUUUUUAAGACUAACUCUAGUGGUGCUGUAAAAAUUCAUCUGAAUGUUAGAUCCUCUUUAAACUUUUUUUUUUAAAUACUGGAUUAAAGGAGGGGAAAAAAAAGUAAAGCAAACAAAUGGCAAAAUCUAUUUCCUCCUUUUUGCUCAACCAGCAAAGUAGUACAUUUUUCUUACCUGCUGCCAUGUAUCAGGAGGAUGACAGCUACAAACCUGAAUGUCAAUAAAUGUAACUUAGAUAUGUUUAAAAAAAAGAAUCAAACUUUUAAAUCAGCAGCUGUUAGUCCAGGAGGUAACCAAAAAUGCACUUUAGUGUCUUCAAUAACUGAAAGUGACAGCUGUUGUUUUUUUUUAAUGACAUCUUGGUCCUUUUUGAAUAAACUGAAGUAGCUUCCAGUGGAGCUUUUGUAUGUUGGUUAUAUAUGUACCUGCACUGGUGACAUUGUAAGUCACUUACUCAAGUAAUGUCUAUAUUUAUAGAAAUGUGGAUGACUUCUUAAACCUCAAUAAACAAUUGGAAACAA